AUGGCUGUUGCGUUUCGGCUCAGCACAGCAGUACUCCCCUCGCUCGCGGCACCCACAGUGUCCCCCGCCAACGCCGCAAAGCCCGCCCUUUCUUCUGCAUCCCGCGUCGCCUUGCUCCCUUUUAUCGCCGUCCGCUGUUCCGUUACUCCUCAGCGAUCCGCCGCGUGUCGAGCAUCCACUGCCGUCGACUCGGCCACGUCAACAGGAACCAUGGCUGACGCGGCAGCUCCGGCGACUGACGUCAGCGCGUCCGCUGGUGACGUGGAUUCGCGCAGCAGGUGCAGGAUCUGCGCGGCGGUGACGGCGACAACGGUGGGGGGAAUGCGGGAGCAGAUGGCGCAAGCGAAAGCGGCUGGAGCGGACACGGCGGAGCUCCGCGUUGACCAUUUGACCGAGUUUGACCCCAGCGUUGACCUCCCUGCGCUCCUAAACGACCGCUGUCUUCCCGUUAUUGUCACAUGCCGCCCCACGUGGGAGGGCGGCAAGUACGCGGACCCGGACGAGGAGAGGCGCCAGCAGGUGCUGGCGAUGGCCAUGGACAUGGGCGCUGAGUUCAUUGACGUCGAGCUGCAGGUCGCCUCUGAUUUCAUCCAGAAGCACGUUGCGCCUCGCCGCGCCGCUGGUGACGGUGUGACAGCAACGCGUGUGAUUGUAUCGAGCCACAACUACAACGUGACCCCGCCGCUGGAGGAGCUGAGGGCGCUGGUGGCGCGCAUAGAGGCUGCCGGGGCCGACAUUGUGAAGUUCGCCACCACAGCCACGGAUAUCACUGAUAAUGCACGCGUGUUCCAGAUAUUGAAGGAGGCGCAGCGCCCCACCAUAGCUCUGGUAAUGGGUCCCAAGGGUCUCAUCAGCCGCCUCCUCGCGCCUAAAUUCAACGCCUUCCUCACAUUCGGGGCGAUCACCCCGGGCGCUGAGUCAGCGCCAGGUCAGCCGACGGUCGCUGAGCUGGCGGGCACGUACCGGCUGGCGGGGGUGGGCCCGGAAACGCACGUGUUUGGGCUGGUGGGGAACCCGGUGGGGCACAGCAAGGGCCCUGUGCUGCACAAUGCGGCGCUGCGCCAUGUGGGGUAUGACGGCGUGUACGUGCCGUUCCUCGUGGACAAUGUGCCGGAGUUCCUCAAGACGUUUGACAGCCCGGACUUCAAGGGGUUCAGUGUGACCAUUCCGCACAAGCUCGCGGCGUUGGAGUGCUGCCAAGAUGUGGAACCUCUAGCCAAGAGCAUAGGCGCUGCCAACACCAUCAUUCGGGGGGAGGGCGGCCGGCUGAUGGGGUACAACACAGACUGCAUGUCGGCCAUAGAGGCCAUAGAGGACGGGCUCAGGCAGGCAGAGGGAGGCAGCAGCAGCUUGGAAGCUUCCUCCUCGCCCCUCGCUGGCCGCCUCUUUGUGGUUGUCGGGGCGGGGGGUGCCGGGAGGGCUCUGGCCUUUGGAGCUAAGGAGAGGGGUGCGGAUGUGAUUAUAGCGAAUAGGAGCUAUGGCAAGGCGGAGGCGCUGGCUGCGGCUGUGGGCGGCACUGCCGUGCCUCUGCCGUCCGUUUCUGGUGAUGGUGAUGUGGCAGCGGGCGGCGAUGAGCUGGCGGCGGUGCUGCAGGAGAUGCAGAGAGGGAGGAGCGGGCGUGCUGUGCUGGCAAAUACGACGUCUGUGGGCAUGCACCCUCACGUGGAGGAUACUCCUGUGGGCAAGGCUGUGUUGCAGGAGUGCAGUCUGGUGUUUGACGCGGUGUACACCCCCAUGGAGACCCGCUUGCUCAAGGAGGCCAAGCAGGCAGGAGCUGCAACAGUCAGCGGCGUGGAGAUGUUUGUUGGCCAGGCGGCUCGACAAUUCGAGCUCUUCACUGGAAAGCCAGCUCCUGUGUCGUUGAUGCGUGAAGUGACUUUUCGCCAAAGUUCUGCCGAUAAUCCGCCACCCUCCUCUCGCUACCCUCACAUCAUGGAAGCGGAGGAGCCUCCGCGCGCGCGCACUCUCCGCAAUGCCGCCAAGCGCUGGAGCGUGCCGGCCGUCCUGCACCCCGCGUCGGGCCGGCUCGUCCCCAUGGACGACUGGGCGAUAUCUGCCGCCGUCUCCGCGCAUAGCGACGGCGCGCCGGCCGCCGCUCAUUCCGGCGCGUCUUCUGGCCACGACGAUUUCUUGAAGAAUUUGACGAGCCGCAGCCGGAAGUGGAUUGGCGGAGCGCGCACGACCGGGAGGUCCGGGACGGCAUCGUUUCGCGACGCGGAUAACGCGGCGGCUGCAACGGGCGCGGCGCCGGCGGCGCCGCCGUCGCUGAAUAACGUGCCGGAUCCGGUGCUGCUUAAGAUUCUGAUGCGCGUGGAAUCGCCACGAGACCGGGCGGCUUGCGCGCUGGUGUCCCUGCGCUGGUUCUGGCUGGAGAAGCGUUCUCGUCGCGCCAUGACCCACCUGGACCUGUCCCAGCCGUCGCGCCUCCUCAACCUCUCCCCUUCUUCCCCCUCUCCUCCUUCCCUCCCUUCCCCCUCCACUGGUGCCCCCCAGGUGUCCCCACGCUGGUUCUGGCUGGAGAAGCGUUCCCGCCGCGCAGUGACCCACCUGGACCUCUCCCAGCCAUCGCGCUUCCUCGAGUCGCUCCCCCUCGCAUUCUUCCCGCGCGUCACCUCGCUCUCCCUCAACUGCUCUCUCUACCGCCGCCCCUGCUCCGCGGACCGGCUCUAUGACUUUAGGGAAUUGCACGUGCUGGAGCUGCUGCAUCUCAAACGGAUCCUGAAUCAACGGCCCUGGGAGAAUCUGGAGUUUGUCGACUCGCAUUUCCUGCUAGAGGGGCUGCCUAAAACGGGGAUGGGGUAUGGGGGAGGGUUUGUGGGCGCGGGAGGGGGUGGGGGAGCGGGAGGGGGAGGGGGAGCGGGUGGUGGUGGUGGCGGUGCUGUGAACUUGCAGAGUGGGAGUUUCAGUGCCAGCGGAGCUGGCCCAGUGCUCUGCCCUGCGCCAUCUGGUCAUCUCCCAGACCGUCAAGGGCAACCCUCCUCUCCUAUAACGUGCAUUUCCCUUGUUCCCCGCCUUUUUCUGCCGCCCCUUUCCCCCAAACCCCUCUCAGAUGCUAACCCAGGAGCUCGCCCAAUGCUAACCCAGGAGCUGGCCCAGUGCUCCGCCCUGCGCCAUCUGGUCAUCUCCCAAACCGUCAAGGGCAACCCGCGCCUGCUGGAGCGAGCCUUCUCCUCCCUGCCCCUCCUCACCUACCUCGACCUGGGCAACCUCAAGAUCGAAACCCCAGGCGCGUCCGGGCCCCCGCUGCUGGGGGCGACGGAUGGGAUGCUGAGGGAAGUAGCGCGGUGGUGUGCGGUGGUGGAGGAGGUGUAUGUGGGCCCGCAUGCGACGGUGGUGGGGGUGGAGGCGGUAGCGGGGAAGUGCAAGCAGCUGAGGGUUCUGGGGGAUGUGACUGCUGCGUGUCGGGACUCCAUGCACUUGAUGAACAAGUGGGCCACCAACGAGACUCUAGAGGAGGUGGGCCGCUCAUGCCCGUCCCUGCGCUCGCUGCUCAUCCGCUGCAACGCAGACAUCACAGACGCAGGCCUGGUGGCACUGGCUGCACUCAACCCCAACCUCACCCAUCUCAACGUAUUCGCCCUCGCCCACUCCCUCACAUACAUCUCCCUCGUUUCCGCCGCCCGCCACUGGACCUCCCUCGAAACCCUCAUCCUGCCCUUCUGCGAGCGAGACGACCGGGCCGACCUGCCCGACCUGGUGAAAGUUCUUUCUUCCAGCUGCCCGAAGCUGAAAGUUUUUUCGAUCGGGCUGUGUGCGCAUAGGUAUUUUGAGGCGUUGUUGGAGCUGCUGGGAUCGUGUUCGUCGUUAGAGUAUGUGUAUCUGUAUGAGAGCUGCCAGGAGGGGCAUGAAUUCACCAUGGCUGAUCUGAGGAAGGCUGCUGCCAAGGAGAAAAGGAAACCGCUGAUUUGCUACGCUGCUGGGUCGGCGGAGGGGAUUUGA